UCUGAUUCUCCUGCACGCGCGUUUGGCCGGACCGCGCGGGUGCUUUGGAGCCGGUUAGCCACCACGUGUUCUGCUUUAUUAACUCCGAAACAACGUGGUAAAUCGUUUGUCGGUCCGGCGUUUUUAUCUCGUCUCUUAGUUAUGGACGUGUGGGUGUGAUGUUUGCGCGUUUCUACAAAACUGAGCUCACAACCCCGCCACGUGAGAGCCGACGGACGCGAGGCGGACAUGCCCGGAACAUGUCCCGGUGAGUUUCGCUCUCCAGCAUGGAUUAUAAAUUCCCUCAUCAGCUUUUCCCACAUUUCUACCUGAACGGACCGCCGACCGCCACCGUGAAGCAUGAUUACGGAGACUGGGGCUCGUACGGGCAGCUGCUCGAGACCAGCAGGGGCGGAUUCCAGAGUGGUGUCAGGAGAGAGACCCAAUUCCUCUUUCAGCCCCAGCGUAAAGUGGAUGGAGAGGUUUGGGUCCCAACAGAGCCGAUUGUAACACCACUUCUCCCUCCUACCCAAGGUAUUAAGCAGUUCUGGGAUCGGCCAGUCAGUCCAAAUGACUUUCCUGAACAUCUGCAGUAUUUCUAUGUGCAUCACUGCAUGGACUCAUUCUCUGUGAUGGGCAAUCUGCUUGGAGAACACUUCAGUUUUGCCAGAAAUUGUCCUGAGGGCGUCACCAGGAUGGGCAAGAUGAGGGGCUUUCUACGCAGUUUAAAAUAUAAAAACUGCGAUUUGCUAUUUUCAGAAAGGGUGAACCGCUAUCAUCAACUUCUGGGUGACGUUUUACCUGAUAUUCCCUCCUCGCUCCUGGCUGAGCUACUGCAUGAGGAAUUGAUCCAUCAGAAGGAGUUAAAUCACUUCCAACCUGCCACAACUGGGGGUGCUCUAGCCUGCCUCCCAAACCCUGAAUGCCAGAAUGAAGCCUUCUUGAUUUAUCCCAGUGGAGAAGCCCUAAACUCCAUUAAUUUUCACCUCAUGCAGCUGGAAUUCAGUGACGAUAAACCUUCGGUUGUGAAUAUGGUCAGUAAGCCUUUGGUGUUCAAUCUCGAAGGAGCAGUGAGGCAGGUUAGCGUGGCCCAAGUAGAUGAUGAAGCUUAUUUAGGCUUGCGUUCAGAUCGUUUCUGUGCAGCGUGGGUAAUGCAACCUAGAAGCCGCCCUCGUCCAUUAGAGGUGGUGCAGUUAAAUGAACAAGCUACUAGCCUUAAUAUCAGUCCUCAUAUUUCGGGAGAGCUUGUGGUAGCCAGCGAGAGCGGAGCAGUCCAUCUCUGGGUUGUGGGAAAGGGGUUGCAAAAGGUCCGGGAUGAGAAGACAAAUCUAUACUUCAAUGCCAAGUCCUCGUGGCGAUGGUGCGAGUUCGCGGCUCAUCCACGAAUGCUGGUUUACGCUGACAGGACUGGAGCAGAGCUAACGGACAUCAGAAGCAGUGACUGUCACACAUUGUUCCGGAUCGGUGAAACGGCUGCUUGUAAGAGUGGAGAGAGGAUCGUCUUGGGCAAAUACCUGACUGAAAGCCAUGGCUUUCACCAUCUCGUCACCACACAGUUCUCUGCGUACCUCCUGGAUGAGCGAAUGCCAUGUGUGCCUGUCCUGAAGUGGGAGCACAUGAUGGCGUCUCCUCCAUGUUUUGCCCAUGUUGUGCCAGCUUUGGGUCAAAGCAACACCUCCAAAAUACUGUUGGGAGCACAGACAGCGCAGGAAACAAUGUUACUGCAGUACUCUGGAGGAAGAGAAAGAGCCUGCCAAGCAGAUGGCUUAAUUCAAAAGCUCUACAGCCCAUGCGAGAGCCUGAAGAUUCAGCAGCUGCCGCACAGACGGCACACAGCACAAGCGAGGUUGGACACUCGUGCUGCAGGCCUAACUGCAACUCAAAACAAUGGAUUCAUGUGUGUUCUCCAGCUCACAGAGGCUGGGGACAUUUUCUACCAGAUACUGAAACAUUUUGACUCAAUUGAUUCUCAUUCAGAAUCAGUAAAACCAACAUCCAACACAGACUCUGUACUACAGUCCCGAGUUUUUUUAGGACAUGACAGUGACGAUGAACGAGAGCGAGAUCAGCGCAUGUUGAGUCCAAUAGUUUUUAGUGACUGUGAUGUUGAGAAUGGCUCUCGUACAUCAGAUGAGCAUCAACUGAGAAUCCCUUCAGAAAAAGGGAUUAACUCUGAACCUCUUCAGGGUUCUGCUAAAGGUAACAAUGUUCAUCCAGUGAGGCCAGCAAUGCCCAAAAUGGCUAGCCGUUACACAAAGUUAGUCUGGAAAAAAUGGUUGGAAUCCCUUUUGAUGGAGGCUGCAGGAAGAAAUAGUCACUGGAGGCACAGAAAACUAAAGACCAGUGAUAUAAUGCAGUGGAAAACCCAAAAAAGAGACAAGCUUGAGGAGGACAAGUUCCAAAGAUUGAGGAAAGACCAGGCAGAGAUUUUAAAGACCAGGAAGCUGCUUGUACACGGGGUAACAUACCUGCCUCGUCUAGAGUUGACCCCAGUUCCAGAUGAGGUGGACCCUGAGGACUGGCCAGAUGAUCUGAGUCGGCGUAUAAGUGCUUCAUGGCAAGAUGGUUGGAGUGACUGGUGGCAUGAAAAACUUGGUCUAAACCGGGACGCCAAGAUUGAGGCUCUGCGAAGGAAGCGUCGUCAGGCAAAAAGAGCCAGAAACAGAGUUGCUCUUUCUUCAAGCUUUACCUCAUCCAUGAGCUACCAGGAUGAUCUUUCUGAUUGGUCAUCAGCCACAAGUCAGUAUUUGGGUUCGAAUGCAGAGAGCGUUUAUAACUCUCAGAGUGCACCAGAAGACGAGACCAUUUCUGACCUGGAAAUCCUAGACAAGAGCCCAGGUUUUCACAGAUCAUUUCAGGACAUAAAAGGGUCCUCAGAUAUGGCAGUGGAAACUUUUUUGAAAACAUCUCAAACUGUGAAAAACUCUGAGCAAGACAAAGCCACUAGUGUAUCCCAUUCUCCUCCAAUAGAUUUGGAACAACAACUAAGCCAGGCCACAAGUGUAAAAAGCACCUCAGUGCUUUUAUCUUCCUCUGUGUCCAGUUUGAAAGUGUUGCGCACAAACCAUUCAGAACUGAGAUGGUGGCAGCAUCAGCAGCAACAGGAGGAUUUUAGCAGCUCCCUUUUUGGCUCUUCUCAAGAACCUGGCCAGGAUACCGAGGCCUCUACAUCAUUUGGUUUGGUAGCUACCAGAUCUUCUAGUUUUUUGUCACCAUCACGGGCCUCAUUGAGGACCUUCUCACAGAACGCCCAACCUCAGAAAAAGAAGUCUCGAAUGGGAUUCUGAAUUGGUCAACUCCAUACCUCUCACUCCAGCCGUCUUCAGGGAUGGUGGGCAGCUCUGGUGCGCCGCAGUAGCUGCUGUGCAGGUUCUGGGCCGUGCGCCGGGAUACAAUCCACACCAGCUUCCUGUGAUUGGGUUUGGAGCAUGUAGGCGAAGAGUACUGCACCAGGCACUGAGCCACCAGGCCUCUCCACAGCUGUAGCUCCGUCUCUGAGAUCUGCACAUACACAUACAGUGAUGGUUACAUAAGCGGGUGUAGUGUGCUGAUAGCUGAGUGUCAGACUGCCACUGAGCAUGCCUGGAAUUCUUUAUCUCCUUAAGAAAGCAGGGAAGAUUUGUUUAGGGACAAAUAGAGCUUGCCUCACUAUUGAGGGCAAAUGUUAACAUGCACCUUACUUUUUUAUUUAUUUAUUUUUUUUUUGCCAUUGAAGAGUUCAUUUUUAUACCAUUGUGCUAUGGCUCAUGUGUGAAGAAAUGUUAUUGUAAACAAAGUUGCUAGCUACAAUAAACUGGCCAAAUAUGAUAUAAUUUUACCCGUAAGUGUCUCUGAAUGGACUGGGCGAUCUCAAACAGCUCAGCUGACUUCAAGGCCUCGAUCUCUUGCUUGAUGAGUGACAAAGCUAGCACCGAUGGCUGCAAAUAAAUAAGACAAAAAUAAAAAUUAAAUGCCAAAUGAUGGUACUCCGAAAGCCUAAAUUCAGAU